UGCGCUAUAUAAACGUUGCGCAUUCGAAUCUCGAACUUCAGUGCCACAAUAGUGGAUAUCACAUUUAGUAGUUUGUUCCAAAGCAAAGACAAAAGAAUUGCAAUUAAUCAAGAGAAGAACACAUUGUUUACUUGGGCAAGUGGAAGACACCAAAACAAGUGAAAAUCUGUGACAAAAACAAACAACCCAAGGAAAACCCACUAGUUCAAGUUCACCUAUAAAGCUAUUGAGCUGAUAAGAUGAGUGGACGCGACAACAGAGGAGCCGGCGGCGGCGGAGGCGGCGGUCAUCAACCGCUGAGCAGCGCCAUGGGCAAGCUCAAGGAAAAACUAACCCGAGUAGGUGACGAACUGGGCUAUCAUCGCGUGGAGAGCAAUCUAUCCACUUCGAAUACAGCCACCAGUUUGGACACAAUUCUCCCCGAGGAUCCGUUCCUGUUUCCCCAAGUAUCACCCCAAAGGCAUCCACAGACAGUGAGGACACAGCGUUUGCUGGAGGACGAGCCACCACUAUCGUUUCGACCAUUAUUGGAGGACGACGACAUCAACGAACCACCCACACAACAGCAACAACAGAGGACUCCGCUGCGAGCCAGUGGUAGUUUGGAGUUAACCGCCUUGCCACCACCGCCCACAUCCUUGGAGAUCCGUGAGCAUCGCGAUCGUCAGCAGAGAGGUGCCCAGGGCGACGAUCUGCAGCGCAGCAAGCAGAGUCUGAAGGGAUCACGAGUGUCCUUCGAGCGAAGGGAGACGGGAAACAGCAAUACCAACAAUAAUACCAACAGCAAUACCAAACCCGCUGAGAGCAGUGACGAGGAUAGUUUCGAGGAGAAAAGAUCUGGUUUCCAGCAACAGAAGGCCACCAGUGUUGAUCACAAGGGCAUCUUAAAGGACCUCAAGCACAUUUUGGCCAACGACAAUCGUCGUCAGUUUCAGGCUAAGAAGCACGUCUCUUUAGAUGUCAAGGGCACACGUUUCCUCCAGGAUUUACUAAAGGAAUCGUCCUCCGAAGAGGAGUUCCACAAAACACGAAGGGAGUUCCAAGGGCGCAAGCACCAAAGUUUGGAUCCACGUGUUACCUUCAAACUCGACAAAGUUCUCCAGGGCUCGAGUACCGACAGUGACGAGGAGGGCGAGGACGCCGAGCACAAACGCCUGAUCCAUCGGCCCAAGGACAUCACCAAGCCGGUGAUCAUCGAUCUCAAGGAUCUGGAAAGCGAGAGCGACGAGGACUUCCUCACUUCGCGACAGCACUUCCAGCAGCAGCGUUCCAUCAGCACAGAUUCCCGCAAGAGCCGCCGACUGUACGAGAUGGACGAGAUGGGCAACAAACGUGGCGAGAACAUCCGUCAUGCGGUGCCCUUCGUGCGCCAGAUAACCGAGGAUGGAAAGCCCAAGCUGGAGGUCUACCGUCCCACCACGAAUCCCAUCUUCAUAUGGACACAGGUCCUGGCCGCCUUGAGCGUUUCGUUGGGCUCCCUAGUGGUCGGAUUUUGCAGUGCCUACACUUCCCCUGCUCUUGUGUCGAUGACCGAUAGGAAUAUCACCUCUUUUGAGGUCACCCAAGCUGCUGGUUCCUGGGUUGGUGGCAUUAUGCCCCUGGCUGGAUUGGCUGGUGGCAUCGCCGGCGGACCCCUGAUUGAAUAUCUGGGCAGGCGCAACACGAUCUUGGCCACCGCGGUGCCCUUCAUCGUCUCCUCGCUGCUCAUUGCAUGUGCGGUAAAUGUGGCCAUGGUGCUGUGUGGUCGAUUCCUGGCUGGUUUCUGCGUGGGCAUUGCCUCGUUAUCCCUGCCCGUAUAUCUGGGUGAAACUGUGCAGCCAGAGGUGCGAGGCACACUUGGUCUGCUGCCCACGGCCUUUGGUAACAUUGGAAUCCUACUCUGCUUCGUGGCGGGCACCUUUAUGAACUGGUCCAUGCUGGCCUUCUUGGGAGCAGCUCUUCCCGUUCCCUUCCUGAUACUGAUGUUCCUGAUCCCCGAAACGCCACGCUGGUUUGUGAGCCGCGGUCGGGAGGAGCGUGCCCGCAAGGCUUUGACCUGGCUGCGUGGCAAGGAGGCAGAUGUGGAGCCCGAGCUGAAGGGUCUGAUGCGAUCCCAGGCCGAUGCCGAUCGUCAGGCCACCCAGAACACCAUGUUGGAGUUGCUGAAACGCAACAAUUUGAAGCCUCUGUCCAUCUCGUUGGGUCUGAUGUUCUUCCAGCAGUUGAGUGGUAUCAAUGCGGUGAUCUUCUACACGGUGCAGAUCUUCAAGGAUGCUGGUUCCACCAUCGAUGGCAAUGUCUGUACGAUCAUUGUUGGUGUGGUCAACUUUUUGGCUACGUUCAUAGGCAUCGUUCUGAUUGAUCGGGCGGGCAGAAAGAUUCUUCUGUAUGUGUCCAACAUUGCCAUGAUCUUGACCCUGUUCGUUUUGGGCGGCUUCUUUUACUGCAAGGCCCAUGGUCCAGAUGUGAGCCACUUGGGCUGGCUGCCGCUGAGCUGUUUUGUCAUCUAUAUCCUGGGUUUCUCUUUGGGUUUCGGACCCAUCCCUUGGUUGAUGAUGGGCGAGAUUCUGCCGGCCAAGAUUCGCGGCUCGGCUGCCUCGGUGGCCACGGCCUUCAACUGGUCCUGCACGUUUGUGGUGACCAAGACCUUCCAGGACCUCACUGUUGCUAUGGGCGCCCAUGGAGCCUUCUGGCUAUUCGGGGCCAUCUGCUUCGUUGGCCUGUUCUUUGUGAUAUUCUAUGUGCCCGAAACGCAGGGCAAGACGCUGGAGGACAUCGAGCGGAAAAUGAUGGGCCGUGUGCGCCGCAUGUCCUCGGUGGCCAACAUCAAGCCAUUGUCCUUCAACAUGUAAACGGCGUGUUGUAAUGGAUCUGAAUAUGCGAUCAAACCAAAUACUAGACUAGUGCCUUUAGUGCUUAAGAAACGUGUGUAAAACGCAGUGGGUGUUCCUAAACAGAAACAUAUUAAUGCUAUAAGGACCCCCAUCCAGGCGCUCUGAUAUUGUUAGUCCUAGCUAACUUGUAAUGCUUAGCAAAAGAAUUUCCUUUCUACACGCAUAAUUGUUAUUAUUAUUUAUAAUUAUUAAGUGCAUAGUUUUAUUGUGUAAAUUAUGAUUUUUAGCACUAAUUUGUUGACAUUUUGAUAAAUGUUGCGUGAAUUUAUCGGUGUAAAAAAAAUGACAUGAAUCGUAGUUAGUUGUAGUUAAAACUAAAACCCCCGAAAACAACAAAAUCUCCCCUGAAAAAUACACCAAUUGGCUAUAUAUCGAAUAUAUAUAUUGUACUAUACCUAAGUUCUAAGUGUAUCUAUAUGUAGACUAAUUUAAAAAAAAAAAAA